AUGAAAGAAUAUCAUGAUCUAUUGGUUCAUACUGUAUAUGAAAGACAUCCAAUUUCAGUGAUAGGAUAUUAUCCUUUACGAAUGAACCUUACAGCCGUAUCUAACAAGUUUAAAGACAUCUUUUUUGUGGCUAUUUAUGAUUCUAUCUUUGCGUACCGGCUGAACCCAUACCAUGAUGAUGAUGAUACGCCAAAAAAACCAUUCAAAAAACUCAACCGUCCCGUAGAUUCAGUUUCUCCUGAUGAUGAGGAAUUACAUGUAAUUAAUGCUAUUAAAGUGGGAGAGAUUGGGUACGAAGAAGUGCUUGUUAGUGUUGAUGAAUCGGGAGACAUUCAUGUUUGGUAUACUUCAAACCUUGAAAAAAAUCCGUUGCACUUCAAAAAUAAUGAAUCCACAUGGGGUAUAACACUUCAUGGUCCAAGACGGUUACUUGCGGUCAGUGCUAAUUCUCACGAAAUCACAAUUUUCAACUUACAAUAUGGAUUACAACGAUUACAACCAUCAGCAAAAUUUUCUGGUAGUCAGGACAUGAGUAGCAAGCAAAAAUAUUCACUUCGUGGUCAUAGACACAAUAUCCCUAAUAUAUCGUUCAGUUCUUGUGGUCAAUUUUUGGUUUCAUGCAGUAUCGAUAGAUCAUGUCGAAUUUGGAAUGUUAAUACAGGUCAAACCAUAGCUGUUUAUGAUGUUUCUAAUGAAUGGGGUUGGUCUGCAUGUUUUGUUUCUAAAUCUAAUUUCAAGAACACAAAUAAAACCAUAUCACGAAAUCUUCGUACACACAAAGAUACUAAUAACCGAUCACAAAGUCGUGCUGAUCGUGUAUAUUCUGAAUCAGAAUCAGAAAGAGAUAAUAUACCGACACCUUUACGUUCCGUAACUCCUACUAUCGGAUUUUUUCCUUUGGAUACUGAAUAUGAAGAUGGAUAUGAUGAAAACACAGAAAUAACAAUAGUUUAUAAUGAUUACGGCGAGGCCGAAGCUGUAAAUGAAGAAAAUGAAUCUAGCUAUUCGGAUGUACAAGGAACAAAUAAUAAUAACGAAAAUGAUUCAGAUGAUCAUGGUUCGCAUACCCCAGUUCCAGAUGAUAUGUCUGAUGAUGAAUGGUCACCAAGCGCUGAAACUCGAGAUAUGUAUAGUAACAACCUUAAUGUCCAAAACAGUGAUGAAAUAUCAUCAUCCGAACGCACAGAGAACGGGAAUUCACAAAGGCAUCCGUCACCGAUUUUUUAUGCUAGCCGCUUUCCAUCAACUUCGAUUACUCAACAGAUUUUACCGGCAAUUUACUUUUCCAACAAUUCUCCAGCGUAUUCUCCAGCAACGCCUCAAUAUAUGCAAGAGCCAAGUUCUUCAGCAACAUCCGGACUUGGACAAAAUAUACCAUAUACACUGCCUGCAACUUAUUCACCUCCACCGCAGACGCCAUUGAUUAAUGACAUUUCCACGUCCCAGGAGCAAGUAACUGCAACAUUUUCGUCGUCCUCUAAUUCUGAGCAUAUUAGACCGGAAUCUCCUGUCUAUUCUCCAAUGUCGCCAGAAUAUUCACCAAUUAAUACGAACUACACUCCAGAAUCACCACAUUAUGAUCCGAUGUCACCCCAGUAUACACCUACAUCACCAAGCUAUAAUCCCACUUAUGCACGUCCAAGAGCUCAAGAUUUUUUUGAUGAUAUUCCUGAAAACUCAUAUGAAAAUGAACGGUCACCACGAUCAUACAGUCAUUUAGAGGAGCAGGAGAGGAGCUACCGAUCACGAUCUUUGAACCGAAGAAUAGCGAUUGCGAUAGACAAUAUGGAGAUGCAUAAAACACUGAAAGGACGAGUUCCUAAGAUCUCUCAGGAUCUCGUAUUAUUUAGCUCACAACAUGAUUUAUUUCUUCUUGAUCCUAAAUCAAACUUAUCUAUUCAGAGUUCAUUAAGGAGAGUUGUUUGUAAGAGUGAUUCAAGAAGAGCGAGUUAUUUGGACUCAAAUGAUCGAUUGAAUAUGGUUGAGUGGAUUCCUGAUCUCUCACUCGCAAUAGUUGCAAGUCAGAAAGGAAAGGUUGCACUAGUUAGACUUCUUAACAUUAAGGGGAUUGAACAUUAUUAUCUUCAUGACGAAAAACUCAUACCCCAGAAUCCUUUACCAAACGCACCAUUGAUAGGAAUGUUUGUUGUAAAAAAUGACAAUCUACAAGAUCCUUCUUUGUAUUUUUAUAAUCUUCACUUGAUUUAUGCAGACGGUAGUAUGUAUUGCUAUGAAAUACGAAGGAGAGAGCAAACAAACGAUUUAAGGCUAGAUAACGUUUGGAUAUAA